GUAUCAGGGCAUGAACAUGACCGCCUGUUACCCCAGCGUGGGACAACAUGACAUCCAGAAUGAUGGCAACGCUGUGGCCAUCAUUGGAGCAGCCAUCAUGUACUGCUGCGUCCUCUUUGCAUGUAAUGAAGCUUCCUACCUGGCAGAGGUGUUCGGCCCGUUUUGGAUGAUCAAAGUUUAUCGCUAUGAGUUCCAGAAAGCCACCUGCUUCUUCUGCUGCCCUGAGGAGGAGGAAGCUGAGGAAGAGUUUGUGAUGGAGGACGACAGCAAAGGCUGUCAGAAGGUUGUCCACAACGAGACGCAGAGAGUGGCCUACAGCUACUUCUUCUUCCACUUCGUCUUCUUCCUGGCCUCGCUCUACGUCAUGAUGACCCUCACUAACUGGUUCAGCUAUGAGUCAGCAGUUUUGGAGACCACCUUUACCCACGGCAGCUGGUCUACCUUCUUGGUGAAGAUGUCGUCGUGCUGGGCCUGUGUGAUCCUCUACCUCUGGCUGCUGCUGGGCCCUCUGUGCAGCUGCCAGUCCGAAUCAAGACCUCGACGCUCACGCAUUAAACGGCGCUCAGGAUUGUCCCGUCACGUGCACGUCAGUGUGUGACACGCUCUGGAAGAGGAGUGAGGCGGACAUGGCACGAUGUGGACGAGCGAUCAUCUCCCCUCGGUGGCCUGCAGGAGGGGGUUAUCAGAAUUGAAGUUCACAGGCGUCAGGGGUCAAAGACUCACAGGGCUGUGAAUGGACCAGUCAGAGUGCUCUGUUGAUAUAAGACGAACUGGAUAAAGACUUAAUGAUGUCACAGGCUACAUGCAGUAAACCACUAGUGAGGACCUGACUGUGGUUUGGAAACAGAAUUACAGUAUGAAUUGCCAAAGGGAUCAGAAGUAAUAUGUAAAAUGUGGGAAUUAUACUAGGUAGGUUAAGAUAUGUUAGUAUUACAUUCAAAUAUUGACUGUGUUAUUCUUUAGGAAGGUGGCUUCCAUAUACUAGCAAUAAUAAUUCUAGAGGCCAGUAUCCAACUGUUUGUUUAUCUUUCUUUUUUAUAAUAAUCUUCCCUAAAAAAGAAAGCCCUGUUAGUCCUCUAAACUUAGAUGAUGGUUUUGAUCAUGAACAAAUCUUUCUCAAAGUUGAGGAUUGAUUGCAUUGACUGUGUUGGCUCAAAUAUGACCUCUGAUCCAUGAUAUAGUCCUGACUGGUUGCAAAUGUUUGCAUUGCACGGGGAGAUUUGUUACAACUAUAGAAAAUAUAUUAGGUAAAUAGCAAGGUAGAUAUACGCCAGUGGUGUCCAACUAUAUGAGAAGGUUUACCUGGAAAGUGGGGGUGGACCAAAUAGGUGGGCAAUGUAAUGCAAACAGAACAGAACUUCACAACAGAACAGAACUUCAGAACAUACAAGGGUCCAAGAAUGACUAAACAAAAGACAAGAUUUAAAAACAACUGAACUAAUGACGGGAUGAAGUGCAGGUGUACUGGAGGACAGGUGGUUAAAGGGCUAAUGGGAAACAGGUUAAACUAAUAAGGCCAGAGCAAACCAUCAAAACAGGCUGAAAAAAACACACAAAGACUGGAAGUAAAAAAUACAUGGCAUUGGGAAAUCGUCAAAAUAAAACACUAGACAGAUAAUACAUAAAGCAAGAUCAUACUAGUAUUUUUUUAACCAAACGUAAUCCCAGAUGUUGUCUCUAUGAUUCGCUCUGAUUUCCAGUACAAAGCAGAAGAAAGAUUUGUUCAUGUGAUGAAAAAAAACCUGACGUGUCCAGGAUCACAGGGAUUCUGUUUCAGUAUUUUCUCUGCAUUGACUGAGGGGCAGCUAAAUAGAAAUGUAUGAUGUUCUUUAAAAGUCAACACAAGGCAUUUUUUUAAAUUGAGGCAAAAAUACUUUGCAUUUGAUUUACUACGAGGAAUAUGUUGCAUGCUCACAUUAUGUUGCUCUACAGUUCAUCAUUCACUUUUACUCUUGUUUACAUUUUGUUUUACAUUUGUUACUCUCUUUUGAAAACUUUAAACAUUUGAAACCAUGAGUGCUCAAAAUCAAAAAAGUACUACAAGUCUCUUUCAGAGGGGAUGGAAGCUUUCUGUCUCACGCCUUCAAAUGCAAUAGUCAUGUCUGCUGAGGUGAACUGUGUGAUCUAAAAAAAUCCUCCCACA